AGGAAGCCUAUUGGCCGCCGGGGGCGCCGAGUAGCCUGCGCAGUGGAAGCACGUGCGGAGUGCGGCGGUGGCGACCGCAGCUAUGGCGUCGUUACUUUGGGGAUGCGACGCAGGGGCGGCGAAGAGCGAGCGGCUGAGCAGCCAUUUUUCAAACCCCAUCCACCCCCGGAAGAACCUUCGGGGUAUUAAGAGUACUACAGUCCCAAACGUAGAUGGUUCUCUUAAUAACACUGAAGAAGAGGAUGAAGAAGAUGUAGCGGAUUUGGCAGCUAAUUCACUCUUAAACAAGUUAAUCCGUCAGUCCUUGGUAGAAUCCAGUCACCGAGUUGAAGUUUUACAAAAGGAUCCCAGCUCUCCACUUUACUCAGUAAAAACAUUUGAAGAGCUGCGGCUAAAGGAAGAGUUACUAAAAGGGAUCUAUGCAAUGGGAUUUAAUAGGCCAUCCAAAAUCCAAGAGAUGGCUCUCCCUAUGAUGCUGGCACAUCCACCCCAGAACCUCAUAGCACAGAGCCAGUCUGGAACAGGAAAAACAGCUGCCUUUGUCUUGGCAAUGUUAAGCAGAGUGAAUGUCUUGGAAUUGUUCCCACAGUGUCUCUGCCUGGCGCCUACUUAUGAGUUGGCUCUGCAAACUGGCCGCGUGGUUGAGCGGAUGGGAAAGUUCUGUGUAGACGUUCAAGUGAUGUAUGCCAUUCGAGGGAAUCGAAUUCCUAGAGGCACUGACAUCACCAAACAGAUUAUAAUUGGCACUCCUGGGACUGUCCUAGAUUGGUGUUUCAAACGAAAAUUAAUUGAUUUGACUAAGAUUCGUGUGUUUGUCCUGGAUGAAGCAGAUGUGAUGAUUGACACCCAAGGAUUCUCAGAUCAGAGCAUUCGUAUUCAAAGAGCGCUAUCCUCUGAAUGCCAGAUGCUCCUCUUCUCAGCAACCUUUGAGGACUCUGUGUGGCAGUUUGCUGAGCGAAUCAUCCCUGAUCCUAAUGUCAUCAAGUUACGCAAAGAAGAGCUGACCCUGAACAAUAUCCGUCAGUAUUACGUGUUGUGUGGGAGCAGGAAAGACAAAUACCAAGCUCUGUGCAACAUCUAUGGCGGCAUCACCAUUGGGCAGGCCAUCAUCUUCUGCCAGACUCGUCGAAAUGCCAAGUGGCUGACCGUGGAGAUGAUGCAGGAUGGCCACCAGGUGUCCUUGUUAAGUGGAGAGCUGACCGUAGAGCAGCGAGCUUCCAUCAUUCAGAGGUUUCGAGAUGGAAAAGAGAAGGUUCUUAUCACGACCAAUGUUUGCGCCCGAGGGAUUGAUGUGAAGCAGGUGACAAUUGUUGUGAACUUUGAUCUCCCAAUAAACCAAGCACAGGAGCCAGACUAUGAGACCUACCUUCACCGCAUAGGGCGGACAGGGCGUUUUGGGAAGAAAGGCCUCGCCUUCAACAUGAUUGAAGUGGAUAAACUGCCACUGCUCAUGAAGAUCCAGGACCACUUCAACAACAGUAUUAAGCAACUUGACCCUGAAGACAUGGAUGAAAUUGAAAAGAUUGAGUAUUGAAGAAAGAACUUUAUUAUUUGUAAAAUAUCCUAAUUUAUGUGAGAAUGUUCCCAUGGUUUUGAAGGUAAAUUUUUUUAUGUUGAGGCUUUUUUGACGUGAAACUGUCACAGGUGGCAAAAUAAAUGUCAUGGCACUCUUAGUUUUAAGACCUGAGGUCUUUUCAAAGCCUAAUUUAUGUGAAACAUAUGAUCCUUUUGAAUAAAAAAAGAUUAUUUCUUUUUCUAA